UUUGGGAUGAGGGAGGGAGGGAGGCCGGACAAGUUGUAACUUCAGUCUUCAAACUUCAAACGCGUGUUUUCGAAAAGUUCUGGGGGCAAAACAGGGCAGCGCAGGUAGUGUGGAGACACUCUCGUCUGGACUUUAAACGGGAGCGAGAAGGAGAGGAGACGGCAGCUGGAAGAAGAAGAAGAACAAGAAGGAGAAGAAGAAGGAGGAGGAGGAGGAGGACCGAGCGGCAGCUGGCCGAACCGAAUCCGAAACGUUCGUGCACACGCAGCGCGCGGACAGGAGCGCCGGGGACCGCGCGGCACAACGCACAUCUAUCUUUCUUUCUUUCUUUUUUCUUUCUUUCUUUCUUGGCACGUGCGGAGGGGAUGUCGCCGUCCUAAAGAAAGCCGAAGGGGACUCGUGGGCACCCGGAGAGCUCCGACCCAAAGAAGCAGCCGAGCGAUGUCACUCGCGGCUCCAAUGCUGCUCCUCCUCGAAGCUUUUCUCCACGUCAGUCUGGCGACUAAAAAAACAGACUGGUCCGAAUGCUUCCAAGUGAACGGGGCGGAUUACCGGGGCUUUCAGAACCAGACCUCCGUUCCCGAUGGUAAGCCCUGCUUGUACUGGAACCAGACUCACCAGCACGCCUACAACACCGAGCGCUUCCCCAACGGACAGUGGGGCUUGGGCAACCAUAACUACUGCAGGAACCCCGACGGGGAUGUGCAGCCCUGGUGCUACGUGUCCGAGAGCGAGGAGGGCAUCUACUGGAAGUACUGCGACAUCCCCACCUGCCAGAUGCCCGGCUAUCGCGGGUGCUUCCUGGACUCUGGAAACCCACCUGCUCUCUCCGGCAGCAGCGGGACGUCCACCAAGCUGACCGUGCAGGUGUGCAUCCGUUUCUGCCGUCGUCGUGGAUACUCGGUGGCGGGGGUCGAGGCGGGCUACGCCUGUUUCUGCGGGGACGAGUCCGAUCUGGUGCGUAACGAGCGGGUGAGCGCCGUGGAGUGCGACCAGGUGUGCUUCGGGAAGUCGAGCGAGCUCUGCGGGGGAGACGGCCGCAUCGGCGUGUAUGACGUCUCUGUCGGCUCCUGCUCCGGUAACCUCUCCUCAGCAUCGGGCGUGUUGUUCUCUCCGGAUUUCCCCGACGAUUACCCCUCGGACAGUAACUGCUCCUGGCUCAUCGCCCCCGGGGGUGGAGCGGGUGCCGUCGAGGUGCGGCUCGAGCUCUACGAGGUGCGCGACCCCCGGGAUGUGCUCGCCAUCUGGGAUCCGCGCACAGGGCGCCUCUUGUCGCGAUUCCAAGGAGCAGUGGGGCCGGGGCAGCAGGGCAGGACCGAAAUCUUCUUUGGUGACAGCAUCCUCGUCACAUUCCAGUCGGAUGGCAUCGUCCAGGGUCAGGGCUUCGCACUGGCGUACAAAGGACUGGAAGCCAAUGCGACAGAGGAAGGAGCCUCAACGGGACCACCGACGCACCUCAACGCCACCUCGCCCACCGCUGUGCCAUCGAACGGUGCCAUUGGCAGCAGUGCAGCUUGGCUCCUGUGCGCCGCGUGCCUGGCGUCUGCAGCUUUGGCCUCUGCGCUGAUCUUCUGCCUGCACAAAAGAACCUGCCUGUUUGUGAAGAAGAAGCCCGCCGGAGGCGUCCUGCUGAUCGGUUCAGGCUCAGGUGUCCACUGUGGGGGCGGCCAGGGCUGGAGUGUCACCUACAGACACACUCGGGUCAUUGUGUGUGGGCAGAGCAAAGAGGACGGGCUCUGCGGUACGGGCAGCAGCAGUGAAGAAGACACGGGGUGUUUGUGCGACCCCACCUCGGUGGCUUUGACCCCACAGCCCAGUCUACUUCUCUAUGGCAGCAGGCAGUCGGUGUCAACGCAGUCCUCCCUGAGGUCCCUCAUUUCCUCCAUUUAAAUGGGGUCUGGCAAAGUGCUGAGCUGCUGUGACCCUGUCACCUGUACCUGCGCUGGACUGAGGUGGGCAUUCAACUCAAGAUGCCAUCAGAGAGGUGGGCUGUGAGCUGGCAAAUACCCCAGCGGAGGGUCAUUUUCGAGUUGAGAGGAUAAAACAAAAACAAUUCCUCCACUGGCCUGAAAUAACCACGAGGUGGCACUGUGGAGUGCGGAAACCCCUGCUAUUGGACUAAAGUGCACAAAGCAGAUACAACGGCAUCAAGUAGCCUUAAUAUAGCGCCUUGCACUGUACGGUGUGAUGUGCCCACUAGAGGAUAUCUGCUGGCAUUGUGGACCAAACGGAGCAGACUUUAUACAACCCACUACAGCACCGUUAAUAUAGCACCUUGCACUGUACGGAAUGAUGUACCCGCCAGGGAGCACUAUGGAUAAAAUCUGCUGCCACUUGGACUAAAGUGGACAGAAAUCAUACAAUCGGCUCUGGCAGCUGUAACAGAGUGCCUUGUGCCCACUUGGUGCCCACUAUGCAGGGACAAAAUAAUUCAGCUGGUUUGGUCCAAACUGAACAAACACUGGGCGACCACCUAACUUGAGUGCCUUUCAACUGUAGGGCAUGAUGAUGCCUCCACUAGAGGGCACUGUGCUAGGACCAAAGCAGCUGCCAUUUUGGAACAAAAACAACAUACAGCCACCUCAGGCAGCUUUAAUAUAGCGCCUUGCACUGUGUUCCAUGAGGCAUCUAUUGGGUAGAACUAAGCAGUCAUUAUGGACUAAAAUGGGCAAAUUAUAAAACUGUAUAAUAUGGUGUGCCCACUAGGGGGCACUCUGUGGUAAUUAAAUCCGCACCUAUUUUCAACCAAAGAGCACGUGCCUUAUACAACCACCAAGCAUCUUUUAUAUAGUGCCUUUCACUGUACUGCAUGAUGGGCCCACCAGGGGGCGCAAUGCUGGGACUAAAUCUGUUGUCAUUUGGUCCAACAUGCAACCACAGCAGGCAGCUUUAAUGUAGUGCCUUGCAAUGCAUGGUGUAAUUUGCCCACUAGGGGGCACAGUGCAGUGAGAAACUCUGCUGUCUUCUGCCAGUGGACAGAAAUGACGCCACCGCCUAAAGCAGCCUUAAUAUAGUGCCUUGCAACUUUACUACAUGGUGUGCCCACUAGGGGGUCCUCUGCGGUGAAACAAGUCAGCAAUCAGUUGGGCCAAAGUGCGCCAACAUUACACAUCCAGUCAUCAGCAGCUGCUUUAAUAUAGCGCCUUGAAUCGUAUUGUGUGGCAUGAUCCACCCAUUAGGGGGCAAAUGAAGCAAAUAAGAUUGCAGUCACUUUGAACCAAAGGGGGCACGAAGUAUCUGCCGCCUAAAGCAUCUUAAAUAUAGUGCCUUGCAACCUGACAGUAUGAUGCGCCCAUUAGGCGCCCAUUAAGUAUUGUGCCACAUGGGCCAAAGUAGAUUAGCACUAUACAAGUACUGUACAACCAGCUUCAAUAUAGCGUCUACCAUUGUAAUAUAUGAUAUGCCCACUAGGUGGCACUCUGCAGCGGCUACAGCUGCUGUCGUUUAACCCAAAGUGCGCAAACAUUCGCCCAACACGUAACGCCGCUUUAAUGUUGCAACAUGCGGCUGUAGUGCACGAUUUGUCCACGAGAGGGCAGUAAAGAAAUCUGCCGUCCCUCGGGCCGAAGUGCCCAUUCGUUAUGCCAGCCCCUCAGCAGCCUUAAUAUAGUGCCUGGCACUGUGCUGUUUGACACCCCCGUCAGUAUUCACCCUCUCCACACUAAACUGUUGAAUGUAUUUUGUCAAACUUUAAACUACUGAAGGCCUCGUUGGGUUUUAGUUUAAUGAAAAAAAAAAACAAAAAAAA